AUGAAUGCAAAUCUCCGAACUGAUCAUUCAUUUAGACACAAAUCUGAUGACGGUCAUCACAAUGGCGAAUCCCCAUUCUUAGAAGCAAGAAUUGGAAUGGUCAGUGAUUAUGACAAAGCCAGAAAGAAGUUGAAGAUAGCAGAGGUUCAGUCAGACCUUUUUACAGAGCCGAAAAAUGAAGAUGUGUCCCCCCAACAUGCCCAAAAAGAACAAAAUGGAAAUGUCACCCUUUCCAAGCCGCCAUAUAAUCAUAUAGAUAGACCAUCAACAUCUCGUGAUUUGAUUUCAACCGUCGCAAAUGUACAAUCAAAGACUUCAGAGUUUGAAAUCAAAACCCUGAAGGGCUUAGAGCAAAUCAAAACCCAGGUUCAUUACAAUACGUCUCUUCUCCUCCAGAAAGUUGAUGUGCAACAAACAGUGGAUGCAGAGGAUAAUGACGAUAAUGAACUCCCAGUGCUUCCAAUCAAAACAAUGUUGCAGCUAGAAGGAGUUGAAAAUGCCUUGAAGGUCAACACUACAAAGAACCGCUUGAUCAAACACCUGAGUACUUCUGGGGAAGAUACGGUAAAGCAGAGUGUAAGAAGGAUUAUGAGCUCAAUCCUGGAAAACUGUAUUGCCAUGAAAUUGAAUCGGCUAGAGAGAGGGGACAAGACUGCUUUUUCCCGUUUGAUCCUUAAAGAUGUUUUAAUAAAGUCAGUUAGAAAAAACCGUAGCUGUAAAGAGUCGUCAGAUAAGGAGAUAGAGGAUGCAGCUAAAUAUUGGCUGCGGUUUAGCCUCGACAGAGAAGGUAGCAGGAAACAGAGAAGAGAAAUAAAGAAUAACAUAAAUAAUACUGACACUGUUGAAAUUCAAAUUGAGGAGACAAUACUCGUGGUGACGACCAAUGAUAUCAAAUUUAAAAUAAAUAAAGUUUCAUCUUCUGAAUUAGUUAAUUUUCAAUCUGGAUCUGGAACCAAUACAACUAAAAUUUCAUCUCAUAAAAAAAUAUUUGUAUGA